AUGCAACUCGGUGAGUCACACGAUACAGUACGAUACCAUACGAUACAAUGUGAGCUCGACACCGUCGUCGAUCUGCUCGACUCCGGCGCCGUCAAGGACAUCAACACAUGCAACUCGGUGAGUCACACGAUACAGUACGAUACGAUACAAUGUGAGCUCGACACCGUCGUCGACCUGCUCGACUCCGGCGCCGUCAAGGACAUCAACACAUGCAACUCGGUGAGUCACACGAUACAGUACGAUACGAUACAAUGUGAGCUCGACACCGUCGUCGACCUGCUCGACUCCGGCGCCGUCAAGGACAUCAACACAUGCAACUCGGUGAGUCACACGAUACAGUACGAUACGAUACAAUGUGAGCUCGACACCGUCGUCGACCUGCUCGACUCCGGCGCCGUCAAGGACAUCAACACAUGCAACUCGAACGGACUCAACGCAUUGCACCUCGCCGCUAAAGACGGCCACAUAUCGGUCGUAGAGGAGCUGCUAAAAAGAGGCGCCACCGUCGACGCCGCCACAAAAAAAGGCAACACAGCACUCCACAUAGCAUGUCUCGCGGGGCAAGAAUCAGUGGCGAAGGCGCUACUGGGGGCGGGAGCGAAGGCCGACGCGCAGUCAGCCGCCGGGUUCACUCCUCUAUACAUGGCAGCGCAGGAGAACCACGCGGGCUGUGUCAAGAUGCUGUUAGCAGCGGGGGCUAGCCAGACCCUCGCCACAGAGGAUGGAUUCACACCGCUAGCAGUGGCCAUGCAGCAAGGCCACGACCGAGUGGUGGCCGAGUUAUUGGAGUCAGACACCCGCGGCAAGGUGCGGCUCCCGGCGCUCCACAUCGCUGCCAAGAAAAACGACGUCAAGGCCGCCACGCUGCUGCUAGAAAACGAACACAACCCAGACGCCUGCUCCAAGUCGGGCUUCACUCCCCUCCACAUAGCGGCUCAUUACGGCAACGUGGGCGUGGCGCGGGCGCUGCUGGCGGCCGGCGCCGACCCGGGCCGCGCCGCCAAGCACAACAUCACGCCGCUGCACGUGGCCAGCAAGUGGGGGCAGCUGGCCAUGGCCGACCUGCUCGUGGAGAACGGUGGGUGGAGAUGGGGACGAGCUGAUAAAGAUCUUGAGAUGCGCUCCGGCGUAGUGGGCGUGGCGCGGGCGCUGCUGGCGGCCGGCGCCGACCCGGGCCGCGCCGCCAAGCACAACAUCACGCCGCUGCACGUGGCCAGCAAGUGGGGGCAGCUGGCCAUGGCCGACCUGCUCUCCGGCGACGUUGGCGUGGCGCGGGCGCUGCUAGCGGCCGGCGCCGACCCGGGCCGCGCCGCCAAGCACAACAUCACGCCGCUGCACGUGGCCAGCAAGUGGGGGCAGCUGGCCAUGGCCGACCUGCUCGUGGAGAACGGACGCCCGCUCACGCGUUCUUUGGACGCCCGCUCACGCGUUCUUUGGACGCCCGCUCACAAGGUACUUAGGACGCCCGCUCACGCGUUCUUUGGACGCCCGCUCACGCGUUCUCUGGACUCCCGCUCACGCGUUCUUUGGACGCCCGCUCACAAGGUUCUUAGGACGCCCGCUCACAAGUCCGGCGCAGUGGGCGUGGCGCGGGCGCUGCUGGCGGCCGGCGCCGACCCGGGCCGCGCCGCCAAGCACAACAUCACGCCGCUGCACGUGGCCAGCAAGUGGGGGCAGCUGGCCAUGGCCGACCUGCUCUCCGGCGACGUUGGCGUGGCGCGGGCGCUGCUAGCGGCCGGCGCCGACCCGGGCCGCGCCGCCAAGCACAACAUCACGCCGCUGCACGUGGCCAGCAAGUGGGGGCAGCUGGCCAUGGCCGACCUGCUCGUGGAGAACGUGGGCGUGGCGCGGGCGCUGCUGGCGGCCGGCGCCGACCCGGGCCGCGCCGCCAAGCACAACAUCACGCCGCUGCACGUGGCCAGCAAGUGGGGGCAGCUGGCCAUGGCCGACCUGCUCGUGGAGAACGUGGGCGUGGCGCGGGCGCUGCUGGCGGCCGGCGCCGACCCGGGCCGCGCCGCCAAGCACAACAUCACGCCGCUGCACGUGGCCAGCAAGUGGGGGCAGCUGGCCAUGGCCGACCUGCUCGUGGAGAACGGUGGGUGGAGAUGGGGACAAGAGCUGAUAAAGAUUUUGAGCAACAUUUCCGGCGUAGUGGGCGUGGCGCGGGCGCUGCUGGCGGCCGGCGCCGACCCGGGCCGCGCCGCCAAGCACAACAUCACGCCGCUGCACGUGGCCAGCAAGUGGGGGCAGCUGGCCAUGGCCGACCUGCUCGUGGAGAACGGUGGGUGGAGAUGGAGACGAGCUGAUAAAGAACUUGAGACGGGCUCCGGCGACGUGGGUGUGGCGCGGGCGCUGCUGGCGGCCGGCGCCGACCCGGGCCGCGCCGCCAAGCACAACAUCACGCCGCUGCACGUGGCCAGCAAGUGGGGGCAGGUGGCCAUGGCCGACCUGCUCGUGGAGAACGGUGGGUGGAGAUGGAGACGAGCUGAUAAUUCCGGCAACGUGGGCGUAGCGCGGGCGCUGCUGGCGGCCGGCGCCGACCCGGGCCGCGCCGCCAAGCACAACAUCACGCCGCUGCACGUGGCCAGCAAGUGGGGGCAGCUGGCCAUGGCCGACCUGCUCGUGGAGAACGGUGCGUGGAGAUGGGGACGAGCUGAUAAAGAUCUUGAGCAACAUUGUUCUUGA